AUGGCUGUCAAACCGAUCACCGGCGUCUUGGCCUCACUGCCGGCUACGGCUGGUGGUACGGCGAUGCGACUGCGCUUCCUAUCCUCGAAGACUCUUCUUACACCCGUACUUACUAUCCAAGGCUACCACGUCCCUGCCGUCCGUCACCGUGACGCCUUCUACCAGAAGCUCGAAGACGAGCGCGCAUCAUCUCUCGGCCAGAAAUAA